CGGCAGAGCUAGAGAGAGAAACUAGAGAGAGAGAGAGAGAGAGAGAGAGAGAAGAAUUUGGAUGAACAAUAUUAUCAGGAGGUGCUAGUCAUGGGGAGGCAACCUUGCUGUGACAAACUGGGGGUGAAGAAAGGGCCAUGGACGGCGGAGGAGGACAAGAAGCUCAUCAACUUCAUCCUCACCAACGGCCACUGCUGCUGGCGCGCCGUCCCCAAGCUCGCCGGCCUCCGCCGCUGCGGCAAGAGCUGCCGCCUCCGCUGGACCAACUACCUCCGCCCCGACCUCAAGCGUGGCCUCCUCAGCGAGGCGGAGGAGCAGCUCGUCAUCGACCUCCACGCCCGUCUCGGCAAUAGGUGGUCGAAGAUCGCGGCGAGGUUACCAGGGAGAACCGACAACGAAAUAAAGAACCAUUGGAACACCCACAUCAAGAAGAAGCUCCUCAAGAUGGGGAUCGAUCCUGUCACUCACGAGCCCUUGGACAAGCCUCAGGAAACUCCGUCCGAACACGACCCGGAAGUAUCUCUGUCGUCGUCGCAAGCGGACCCUAUGUCCGGAUCGCCCGCCAACACGCACCAACCCAACAACACGCAUGUCAUGGACGAGUACAACUCAUCCUCGUCCUCGCCGUCCGCCUCGUCCGCCGAGAACUGUUGCGCCGGCGCGGACGAGCCGAUGGUCUUGCUCGAGUACAUCUGCAGCGGCGGCCUCUCUGGCGACGACCAGUCGUUCUUGAUGGACAGCUUGUGGGUGGACGAAUCACAGGCGGCAGGGCCCACGGCUCUCGACUCAUCACAAAAAGAAAACCCGAGCGGCCAAGAAGUGGCGGGUUUGUUCCCGUCCUGGCCAGAGGAGAGCGAGAGCUUCUCGUGGUUGUUGGGAGGUCAAGAUUGCGGCGUUCAUGACUUUGGCGGGUUCGAUUGCCUCGGCGGCGAUGGUACGACGAACAUACUCGAUGGCUUAGACUUAGGGAUGAUAGACAAGAUAUUUUAGCAUGAAACGUACGAUCAGACUCCGUAUGUUUGUGUCUGUGUGUGUGUAACAAGAAUACGUGAAAGAUGUAUCAACCAUAAUCAUCAUGUCCCCGUGAAUACGUUCGUACGUAGGAUAUAAUCUUAGUUUAAAACGUUUCUCUAGGGUAAACAGGUGAAAGUGUAGGCGGCCAAAGUGGGUCGUCUCGUCCCGAUGACAUGGCAGGAGACAAGGACAGUGAUGCCAAAACCUCGCGAAUCACUCACUCAAACCAAAGGUGGGAUCAUGUACUAAGUCACGUCUUAAUCCAAAGACAAAAAAGACAUGUAGGGAAUUGUAAACAUGCCACGUGGGACGGUGUAUAGGU